AUGGAUAGGUUGUUGGCGCCUGCACCUACUCUCGAACCCGGUUUUUCUGCUGAGGAGUUGAGUGUCAAUGUACUACCUACCGGCCUAUCUAUCUAUCUAUCUAUCUAUCUAUCUAUCUAUCUAUCUAUCUAUCUAUCUAUCUAUCUAUCUCACUCUGUUCCGCAUUUAACUAUCUCCUUAUAUUCAUAUCUAUCUAUCUAUCUAUCUAUCUAUCUAUCUAUCUAUCUAUCUAUCUAUCUAUCUAUCUAUCUCUGUUCCACAUUUAUCUAUGUCAAUAUAUUCAUAUCUAUCUAUCUAUCUAUCUAUCUAUCUAUCUAUCUAUCUAUCUAUCUAUCUAUCUAUCUAUGUUCCACAUUUAUCUAUCUCAAUAUAUUCAUAUCUAUCUAUCUAUCUAUCUAUCUAUCUAUCUAUCUAUCUAUCUCACUCUGUUCCACAUUUAUCUAUGUCAAUAUAUUCAUGUUCAUCUAUCUAUCUAUCUAUCUAUCUAUCUAUCUAUCUAUCUAUCUAUCUAUCUAUUUUAAUAAUGUAUCUAUAUACCUAAGUUUCUAUCCAUCUAUGUUCAUUAUUUAUCUAUCUAAUAUAACCCCCAUCCGACCCCCCCAAAGACCAAAGCAAUGGACAAACCUAGCUAGCAGGAUAGGUUCUUCCCUCGGUCAAAGCCAAAUUCCCACUACAUCCCCACACACAUGUGACGCAUUCACAAAGGUCUGUUCAUAUUCAUUUGUAACUCAAAACAUAUCGGACUUACUGUUUCUUUUUCUAUCUAUCUAUCUAUCUAUCUAUCUAUCUAUCUAUCUAUCUAUCUAUCGGUUCGAAUUAGACCUGUGUAGCGAGACAUCACAACUCCAGAACAACCCGUUCUCACUGCGCAAAAUAUGCAUUGUCCUAUGUUUCUAUGAAGGUAUUGUUACACCGUCGACGAACAGCGAUCAACUUUUAGAUUGUCCAAAAUAUACGCUUGCAGUUAUUCGCAGUCUCCUUAUUUCACUUCCACGUCAUCGUCUACCCCGUAUCGCAUCUAAACUAAUCAAUUCACUCUCUUUCUCUUCCUCACCUUUCUUAUGUAAUAUCAUCUAUCUAUCUAUCUAUCUAUCUAUCUAUCUAUCUAUCUAUCUGGCAGUCAGUUCAUAUCUAUCUAUCUAUCUAUCUAUCUAUCUAUCUAUCUAUCUGGCAGUCUAUUCAUAUCUAUCUAUCUAUCUAUCUAUCUAUCUAUCUAUCUAUCUAUCUAUGUCAGUUUGUUCAUACAUAUCUAUCUAUCACUUUUUUCAUACAUAUCUAUCUAUAUCAGUUUGUUCAUACAUAUCUAUCUAUCUAUCUAUCUAUCUGGCAGUCUAUUCAUAUCUAUCUAUCUAUCUAUCUAUCUAUCUAUCUAUCUAUCUAUCUAUCUAUGUCAGUUUGUUCAUACAUAUCUAUCUAUCACUUUUGUUCAUACAUAUCUAUCUAUAUCAGUUUGUUCAUACACAUAUCUAUCUAUCUAUUCAUCUAUCUAUCUAUCUAUCUAUCUAUCUAUGUCAGUUUGUUCAUACAUAUCUAUCUAUCACUUUGUUCAUACAUAUCUAUCUAUAUCAGUUUGUUCAUACAUAUCUAUCUAUCUAUCUAUCUAUCUAUCUAUCUAUCUAUCUAUGUCAGUUUGUUCAUACAUAUCUAUCUAUCACUUUGUUCAUACAUAUCUAUCUAUAUCAGUUUGUUCAUACAUAUCUAUCUAUCUAUCUAUCUAUCUAUCUAUCUAUCUAUCUAUGUAUUUUCAUUAUUUAUCUAUCUCUCUGCAACAUGUGA